GUGACAAAUUGGAAUCAUUCAAGAAACUGGAGGACACGAACCAGAUAAUUCAUCCCAAACACCACUGGCACUUCUUAUUCGAGUCGGAACACCAGCCGUCCAGAUGCAGUUUCCACUUUUCUCAUUGGCUUUAAUCGUGUUGCACUGUAUGGAGUACAGCAACUGUCAAACGCAGUCAAAUCGCUGGAGGAGGAACAAAAGAGCUAGCUAUGGAGUGUACCCCAUCUGCAAGGGCUGCUCGGUGUGCUCCAAGGACAAUGGCUGCGUGAACUGCCAGCCCAAGCUCUUCCUGUUCCUGCGGAGGGAGAGGAUGAGACAGUACGGCGAGUGUCUCCACGCAUGUCCGACGGGAUACUUUGGCAUUCGAGCUCCUGAGAUCAACACGUGCUCCCGGUGCAGGAUAGAUAACUGUGAGUCCUGCUUCAGUAAAGACUUCUGCACGAAGUGCAAGGCAGGGUUUUACCUGCACAAAGGGCACUGCUCCGAGAAGUGCCCCGAGGGCUUUGCGCCCCUGGAGGACACCAAGGAGUGUGGAGAGGGCUGCGAGGUGGGCCAGUGGAGCGAGUGGGGGUCCUGCACCAGGAGAAACAAAACCUGCGGCUUCAAGUGGGGUCUGGAGACGCGGACGCGGCACAUCGUGAAGAAGCCUCCCAAGGACACGAUACCCUGCCCCACCAUCGCCGAGUCCAAGAGAUGCAAAAUGGCCAUUAGGCACUGCAGGAGAGGAGGAUCAGGGAAGCAGCGACCCAAAGAACCAAAGAAGUCCAACAAGCAGAGGCUCCGGUUCCAGGCCCAGAACCAGCAUAGUGACCACCUGGCCUCCAUGAGCUCCAGCCAGUAGAGGACUGAGUCCCCCCCCCCCCCCCAUCCCCCACCCCUUGGAACCUAAACAACACAAAGCUGCUAGCUGCUGCUCCACAAACCUCCACCCCCCCACCCCAGCACACAGUCACACUACACCAUAUUAAUGACCCUACACAUGUCUAUGGUUGUAGUAAAGUACACAUAUGCCCUCUGUCCCUGUCUCUCUCUGUCUUCUACUGCUUCCCUCGUACCGCAUCGUAGUGUGCCGCUGACAGAUCAGCCAAUCAGCUCCCCUCUUUUGACCCCACUGUGACAUCAUAGAACUCAUAGAAACACUUGUUCCUUUUGCUCACACGCCAUGUACGUCUGGGGAGAACAAAUCAACGAGGGGAGACCGACACACACCGACUGACAGACGGAGGACGCGAAAGAGCAGGAGAAUGAGGAAUGAGAUGGAUGUUGAUAGUAGUGGUGACGGUCCAGCGAUGGGGGCAAUGGAAGACGACGACUCUGACGGAGAGAGGAAGAACGUGCGAAGAGAGAGAAUGAGAGGGUGAUCAAGAGAAGAGGAGAGAUUUGGCAGAAGGCUGACGACUAUUAAGUGACAUCUUGAAAUAAUUGAGACUUUUCUGUAUUUAUUUCAAAGCAAACUCUUAUUUUCCCUCAUUGGAGGCGGAGUGUUCCAUGUAUGGCCUUUUUGUUCAUUGUGUACAUUUUUUGAGAGUCAUGUUAAGAAAUACCAUGCGUAGUUGCAAUGUAUUUUAUUCUCAGCACAAAAUGUUUACGUCCAGAACCCGCUUUAAUGCUCUAACUGUAUGCUGUGGAUAAAGACAUGUUAGUUGUUCGACUUAGCAUGACAACAAACUCAUGUGUACAUAGUUGAUGAGUUCGUCUAAUUAUAAAACAUAUUACUGUAUUUUCGGUAUUGACUCCUCCCAGCGUUCUAAAUGUUUCAGAGAAAAGGAUGUAAUACCAAGCUACAGAUUCAAAAAAAGACUGAAAACGAAAUAAUAAACAUAGCCAACACAUAGCUAUUACAUUUAUAUGGUAUAUAUUUGAUUUAUUUAUUGAUUCUAUUUUGUACUUUUGUGUUCGGUGACAAUUUUGUCUCGUACUGUUACUCCUCUGUGCUGAAAUAUGAUUUGAAUCC